AUGGACACGUUGCCCAUGGACAUCGGCGAGGGCCCCUCUUCGUUUGGCAUGGCUUUUCAUGGUGAGAUCAUUGAGUUGGAUUCACCUCUGGCCAAAACGCCUGAUCCUGCGAUGACGCUACCUGAGCCUCUUUUUGUUGAGCCCGUGGAGCCUUCACACCCCGAGGAGAAGGAAUCCACAACCCGUGAACCUCUUGAUAAGAGUCAAGGCAUGCUUUCAAUGGAGGUGGAGCCUUCAAGCUUGGAGGCGCCUACCACCAGUGACCUUACUUUGCAGGAGAGCAAAGGCAACCAAAGCGUGCUUUCAAUGGAAGUGGAGCCAGUGGAGCCUUCAAGCUUGGAGGUGCCUACCACCAGUGGCCCUACCAUGCAGGAGAGCAAAGGCAGCCAGGACAUGCCUUCAAUGAAAGUGGAGCCUUCAAGCCCGGAG